AUGCAAUACUCAACUUCUACUACACCAACUGAUUCACCAACUCGACUACAUUAUCAUAAGAGUAGUUCCAUACCUUCUUCUCCUCUCAAUCCCCGAGUCGAAACGACUGAUCCAUUUUCAGAAGUUUCACCUCCUCCUCGUCAUUCGACUCCUCAUCGCUCCGUACGACAUAUUGAUAUUGACAUAAAGGAAUUAAUGAAACUUGAGUCCGAGUUAAAAUGUUCGGUUUGCAAAAACUUUUAUGACCUCCCAAUGUCAUCAAAGUGUCAACAUACAUUUUGUGCCGGAUGUGCAAAAUUUGAUAGCGAUAAUCAUUUGACUGGAUUAUGUUGCCCUAUUUGUGAGUACUCCUUCACCUCCUUUACACAGUUUUAUAAAAAUAUUAUGAUUGAAGAUCUUAUCAAAGAAUAUAAAAAUAAUAGUGAAUUAAUAGCGCGUUUAUACACUCUCGGUAAACAAGUCGAAGAAAGAGAACGUCGUGAGGAAGAGAGAAAGUCAAGACUGAUAGAAAAUAAAAGUACCAAGAAGAGACGUAUAUUUGAUGAUAUUGAAUCAUUUUCCCCUAAUAAAAAGGUUCACUCUCCAAAUAAACUACAUGGCAAAAAGCCAAAGGUUGUAUAUAGCUUAAUGAAUGACAGGAAAUUGAAGAACCUUCUAAAGGAAGAGGGUUUGGUAGCAGAUGGAACUAAAUGUGAAAUGAUAGCUCGUCACUCUUACUAUACAAAUCUUUAUAAUUCAAAUAUUGAUGCGACGAAUCCAAAGAGCAAAGGAGAAUUAUUAAGGGAUAUGAAGAAAUGGGAAAGAGCUCAACAUAGUAAUGAAGCAAAGGAUGCCUACAUGCUUAAGAAAUCUUUAACUAAUCAGGAAGGAAUCGAUUCUUAUGAUAUCCUUUUUUUUUUUAUAUGA